AUUCAGUAAAACGAUUUCUGGCUUUGCAAUAAUAACUGCGUUAAGAAAAAAAAAUUAAUUUCUCAAAUUGAAAUUAAAAAAAAAAAAUAAUAAUAAUAAUAAUUGUGUCCAAAUUUGUGCGCGCUUUUUUUUUAAAAAAAAAAUGUUACUCGUUUUUUAUCAAGAAACUUGCAGCCAAUUUUAUUAAUUUUAUAUUUAUUGACGGAGAAUUAUUAAUUAUUUCAAAAAUAAAAUGACAGCCACACCAUUAGCUUUGGGCGUUUCAACAUUUUACAUUAUUUUAACGAGUCUCAUUGCACAUUGGCUAAGGAAAUAUGUUUCAUUUUACGUUAAUCAACCGUUAAUAAAAUCUUUAUUUUUGGAAGCGAUUGCCACUGCCGAACUUUGUGGAGGAUGCUUUGAAUUAAUUAUCAUUGCCGAUAAUUGGGGAAUAUCGAUGUAUGCAAUUUAUUUAUUUUUUAUGACAAUUUGGUGGUGUUAUGUGUGGGGCGAUGCAACCGCAUGUCCCUAUACACAUUUAGAAGAUGUUGUCGAGGGAAAACAAAGUUUACGUAAAGCAUUUUUUUUAAUUUGGGCACAAUUAAUGGGUGGCCUCAUUGUUUUUAGAUAUAAUCAAUUAUUAUGGUAUCUUGAAAUUGUUCCAACGCACAAGGAUCGUGCAUUUUCCGAAUGCAGCACUGAUCUUCAGGUUCCAGUUUUUUAUGGAGCAAUAAUUGAGGGUGUAGCGACAUGUAUUUGUAGAGUCGUUUCCCGUAUUCUUGGUGACCUUAAUCCAAGAUUUAGCACAAUUAUCGAUUCCUUUGUUGGAACUUCAUUAGUGGUUGCAGCGGCCAAUUAUUCCGGAGGCUAUUUUAAUCCGGCAUUAGCAACUUCAUUGAAAUACGGUUGUCUUGGCACAACAACAAUGGAUCACGUUAUUGUCUAUUGGGUUGGAGCUUGUGCAGGAUCAAUUUCUUCAAUUAAAAUUUACAAAAUGCCAUUUAUUCAACGAUUUAUUCAUAAUGAAAAAACUGACUAGAUACAAAAAGAAAAAAGAAAAUUAGAAAUUUUUAUUAGAAAAAAUAAAAAAAAAAAUUAAUUUAUGCAAAUACGAAAAAUUUGCAAAAAUUUUAGAAACAAAUUUUUCUGCAUAUAUAGAAUAUUUUUCUAUAUAUAUAUAUAUAUAUUUUUUUUUUCUCAAUAUAUAUAUAUUGAAAAUCGAAAUCUAUUUUUAUAAAAAAAAAAAAAAACAUAUUUUCCUACAGAUUAAAAAAUUAUAGAUUUUUUUUUGGAGGGGGAAAUAAAAAAAACUGUCGGGAAAUUUUUAA